AUGAAGCUUUUAGCGGCAGGAUUAAUUGGGGCUAGCGUUGCCGAGCGAUACUACGAUUUUGAUAGACAAUUUGAUCAUCACCGACAGAUCUAUGACCAAGAUUACGAUCGACAGUGGCGACAAAAUGACAGAUACUCAAACGAUCGCCCCUUCUACGGACCGAUGAACAAAAGCUUCUACUCCAAUAGAAAUAACGGCUACGGGUACUCCAACGGCGGUCAUUUUGAUGACUACCGAAUGGACUACCAAAACGACCGACACUCCAGCGACCGAUAUUUCUACGGUCCAAUGAACAAGGAUGCGUACAACAACAGAUAUUCUGGCAAUCGUCACUACGAUGACUACCGGACGGAUUUCUACUCCCCCAAGUUUUAUCAGAAGUACAGCGACGAUCACCAUCAACAUAGAAGAGAUCAUUCUUACGAUCGGGACCAAUAUGGAUUUGACAAGUACCGAUUCAACGAUUUCAAGCGAUACAACGAUCGACACUCUUUCAACCACUUCGACCGGGAUUACGACAGCUACCGACCCAAGAACAAAUAUUACCAGGGCGAUUCUUAUUUCAAUAGAAACCAGUACCGAGGGGACAAUCACUUCCGAAACAACGAAAUGCAUGAGCAUGAUUCAUUUCACCACGAUCCUGACAUGUCCAAACUCUAUCAAGUCACCGAAAGCAAUUUUUGGAUGAACAGCGGACGAUCUGACAACUCUGAGCGCCUCUUCUCUUCCUGGAACGGAAAGUGGGACAAAGAGAUCACCAGGACGUUCCGCGAGUGCGCCAAUGGCAAGACUAUCGAUCAAGACAUGAUGUACUUCUGCCACUGGAGAGAUGCGAGCUUCUUCACGAAAUUCGCACCCCGAUUCAUCAGCAAUGAGUUCGCCAAGUUCGACAAGAACAACGACAAACUCCUCGACAAAGAUGAAUUCAAACAGGCUUUUGCCGGUUUCUAUGCCAACAUCGGCAGCACACUCGUCGACAUCUUCGAUUCCGAUCACAACGACGUUCUUGAGCACUCCGAGAUCUUCGACAUGUACUACAACCUGCGAUAUCUCUUCAAUGUGGACAUGAACAGCUUCCACGAGAUCAGCUCUCACGCCAACUUCGACAACAACAAGAAUAGCUUCUCAAAGGCCGAAAUGAGCGAAUUCGCUAUUAUGCUCGCUCACCGAUAUUACUGA